AUGAAGCAUGCAGGAAUAGCCGCUGGCUAUCUGCGCGAGUAUGAGCGCAGUGGCGAAAUACUUCGCUCGGUCAUUGGUCAGGUACGGCCACGAGAUCAUAGCCACACCAAUAAGUCCGGUUUGUCCUAUUGUGCCGGAAUGUGGAUUGCUGGAAAUGGUCACGCGGCGCUCAUAAACUGCCGAAAUGGCUAUAACGUCGACGAUAAUGUUUACCGUAGCGAGCUGGUCUUUAUGAACUACGUCAAGGUCGAUAAUCAAUUAUUGAUCGCUUUUCAGAUCUUCCUUCAAUCAAUGCACAAGUACAUACCGGUAUUGAGCAUCUUCGAAAUUGCACACAGUGAAACGCCUUUUCUGUCAGCAUCGACUAGCCAUCCACCCAAGCAGGUUGCCCGGAUACGAAUUCCUGAGACCGAAUUCAUCGCCGUAACGGCUUACCAGAACAGCACGAUCACACAGCUGAAAAUUGAGCACAACCCGUUCGCAAAGGGUUUCCGUGAUGGUGGUGAACGGAAACGAUCUACACCAGAGGAUUGUUCGGUGAGUUGGUCGUUAUAUUGA